CAGCGAUAGCUCCUCGCGAGGCGUACACGACCCAAUGAUCUAAGUGGCCGAGUAAUGACCUGCGUCGAGUUAACAUCCCGUCAAGAUACAAGUAUUCAUUAUCACAAGGUGCGUUUUCGGUAGUCUGCAUGCUCAAUGAUCUGAGUCCAAACCCUCCUGUAUAUAAUAUCACGGGUUUACUGCUCCUUUGCGACCAUCACUUUUGGCAGGAUUUCCACCACGUCAGUACAGCAACCUCAAGACUUCUCUACCAGUACCAGAUCAACCUGCUGUCUCUCACGCACCCAUGACCAGCGUAAACCAUCGUCUCGCAGCGCUUCUCUUGCUGUGUACGGCCAUAUUCGCGCUCUCCAGCGUCAACGCCAUGAACAUGGACGACAUGCCGGACGACCCCGUAAGCGGCGAGAUGGUAAUGAGCAAGGCUUACAACCUGCAGCUCAAGAACGGUCAGAGACUACGCUUCGCCACUCAAGACACGCUUGACGCCUUCCUCGACGACCCGCUAAAGGGACUGAAAGGUGUGAUGUCUGCUCCAUCCACACACCAUCAUAAUGAGGAAGAGAAGAGCGUAUUAUGCCCCGUGUGCGGCAUGGCGUCGUCCGUCUCUAGUGGCCCGGAAGUAACGAUGAGGCACGGCGACCAGGCAGUGCACACGUGCAGUAUGACGCAUGCGCGUGAAGUGUACGACGAUAUUCUGUCGUUCCAAGCCUCAAAGGAGGGAAAUGCGGCUAAAGGAGAGCACGGAUUCUGCUCUGGACCAGGCACGACCAUGUUGAACGGCUUCUCGCUAAGUGGCAACUCCACGCCGUGCAUCUUGCUGUGGUUCCCCGGGUGGGUGUUAGAUUCGCGUGUACGCUACAUUUUUGGGGGCAUCCUGGUGGCACUGGUGGCUGUUUUCAACGAGUAUUUGUUGCAGUUGCGCCGUGUACUGCGUAAGGUGAGCAGCGUCAAGCGAUUGAUGAGCAGCAACGCGCCAAAUGCUGCGGAGAGUGCUCAAUUACUGCGAUCGACGGCUCAAAAUAUGCCGUUGGCCGACUCCUGUGGGCCGAAUUGGUUCCGUACACUCUCUCCAGAGACACAGCACGGUAUACACUGUUUGCUCCAUGGCGUCACUCUUUUUGUGGCCUAUAUGCUCAUGCUAGUGUCCAUGACGUACGACUUUACGUUGCUAUUGUGGGUAAUUGCCGGCUAUGUGGUCGGCCACUACGUCUUUGGCGAGCGCCGUGAAGCUCCUCUUAGCAACGGGGAGAUGGAGUCCAAUUUUCCAUAGACAGUUGAGCUGUCUUUGCUUUUUUUCCAUUCAUUUCUAACGUUAAUAUAUGGCUCACAACUGCCGAAAGCACGAUGAAAAAUGACUAUAACUGGAUGCAGGAAAAACGCCGAUAUACUAGACGCGGAUCCACUACGCGGACUUAUUGACCUUGACGAAGAAGGGAAUGCCAAUCUGGGACGCAAGACUAGAGUCAUGCAACAUCCAUGCCAUGGAGGUAUUGCGCUUUAAUUGUGCACGUGAAAAAAAGUAUCAAUCUGUCAGAUGUAUCAAGCGUGGAUGCGCUCGCAUGGACUUGCGACUCGCCGCCGACAGGAAGAGAUCGCGGCUCAAUUGCUAAACGAAAUGUUGGUGUAGGAGCGCUUAUCGUCGACGUCUACGACUACAAGUUGACCGGAAAUCCUGGAAAGCAACGAGCCAAUGAACCUAAGCCGUUGAUUUUUUUUUUCACAAGCAAGUAGAAGAGAACGGAAACAGUCACGAAGAUGGAGUAUCGUCAGCUGGGCCUAUGACCAAAACCGCCAAACUGGGACGCCAGACUCGCGCAGAUUACGAAUACGAGCCAGAUGAUAAGAGCUGAUCGCGCGAAGUUACAAAGCGUAUACCAAGUUGCUCGAUGGCUCCUUCACUAUUGCAAAGUCCGCAGCGACGAGAUCCUGACGACAGCUACACUGAGAAGAUUGACGCCAACCGAGUCAAACCAAUCUAGUAAGGAAUCUUGAAAAUCUCCGGAUCAUGCCGAGGAAAGACAAAGUUUUGAUAAUACAUUUUUUUUCUACAUCAA